AUUUAAGUAUUAUUAUUUCAUAUUAUUUGUUAAAUAUAAUAAGAUGGAUUUUAAAAUAGAGAAUGAAGAUUUAUAUGAACUGUUAGGAAUUGAAAUAGAGAGUUCCACAAAUGAUAUCAAAAAAGCUUAUAGGAAGAAAGCAUUAAAUUGCCAUCCAGAUAAAAACCCUGACAAUCCAAAUGCUGCUGCUGAGUUUCACAGGCUAACAAAGAUAUUAGAAGUACUCACAGAUGAGACAGCAAGGAAGGCCUAUGAUAGGGUUCUCAAAGGUAAGAAGGAGGCAGCUUUGCGUCACAAGCAGCUGGAUAGCAAAAGACAAAAGUUGAAAGAAGAUUUGGAGGCUCGAGAAAGAGUGGUUAGUAAGGGUGUUCAAAAAAGUGAUGCAGAUAAGUUAAAGGAAGAAAUUGAAAGGCUGAGGAAAGAAGGUUCAAAGUUAGUACAAGAUGAGAUGGAAUCAGUUAUGUCUGAAAUUAGAUCUCAAGCUAACAAAGUACAAGAAGAUACCUGGGAUAGUGCAAAGAAUAGAAUAAAGAUUAAGUGGAAAGCAAAUAAAAAUGACCCAAAUAAUGGUGGAUACAACCAGGAAUUACUGCAACGUUUUUUAUCAAAAUAUGGUGAUAUUGUAGUGAUGGUCAUGUCGCCAAAGAAAACAGGAAGUGCCCUUGUGGAAUUCGCUACUAAACGAGCUGCAGAAAUGGCUGUUCAAAUUGAAAAAGGAUUAGCAGACAACCCACUGGAACUGACAUGGGUCAAUGGGCCACCAGCAAGUGUUAAUCGUCAGUCAACAACAAUUAAAGAUUCCGAUUUUGAAAGUAUUGUUUUAACAAAGAUGAGGCAGGCUGAAGAGCGAAAACGUUUAAUUGAACAAAUGAUAGCCGAAGAUAAUUAAAUAAACGUAUUUUUAUUCAUAA